UAGAGAGAUCUUCGUCCUCACGUAGUACCUACAAAAGUUAUUAUUACUUAGUAAGUAUUUUUACCUAUUACAAGGUUAUCGAAAAUAUUUUAUAAGACACUUAAAAAUCCAUUUCCGUAUCCAAAAGAUGUUCAUUUCCAAAUCGUAACUUGUGAUGAAAACCGCACCAGGGACAUGUGCGGAGUUGUUCGCGUUUUCUUUUCGAGUUUCAAACUUACUCCGCCUAGAAGAGUUGUCUAGCAUGUAUCGCGUUCUUCUGGUUUUAAUCUUAACCCAGACAGCUGUUUAUGGUCAAUCUAAUGAAACUGAUUUAACAUUUAUGACUACGCCUGAAUUAUUAACUCACUGGGGAUAUGAAGUCGAAAGUCAUACCAUCAAGACAGAAGACCACUAUCUUUUGACCAUACAUCGAAUACCAAAUCGAAAGAGUAAAUAUUAUCCCAUCUUGGUACAACAUGGAAUUCUAAUGGCUUCUGAUAGUUGGGUACUCAGAGGACCUAAAGAAGACUUGGUUUUACUACUGGCUGAUGCAGGUUUCGAUGUUUGGUUGGCAAACACCAGGGGUAAUUAUUACUCCAAAAGCCACGCAACGUAUAAAAAUGUGCAGAAACGAUUCUGGAAUUUUGGAUGGAACGAAUUAGGCUUAUACGAUAUCCCAUGCAUGAUCCGACACGUCCAAAGAAUCACCGGGCAGUCAAAAAUUGUCCACAUGGGCCACUCAAUGGGCACAACAUCAUUUUACACAAUGCUCACCAAAAAACCAGAAAUGAACGAGAAAAUAUUCGCUCACGUUUCUCUGGCUCCGGUUGCCUACAUGGAUCACAUGAAAUCGUUGAUCGUUUUACGACCGAUCGUCAAGUUGAUUCAUCAGCUGAUUGCGCUUCAAAAUCGAUUAAAAUUAUACGAUUUAUUCGCUCGGGACGUCCGGCUGACCAAGCUGAUCCAGAAGAUUUGUAACGUAAACGAACAGAACAAACGAUCGUGUUACAGAAUAGUGUUUCAUUUCAUCGGAUUUGAUUAUUCUCAACUUCGAGAGGAAGACUUUGAUCGGUUCAUGGGUCAUUUCCCAUCAGGAGCUUCGGCCGGAAUGCUUUUACAUUAUUUCCAAAAUGCGAUUUCAAGAGAAUUCAGAGAGUUCGACUACGGACACGUGUUGAAUUUGGAAAAAUACGGUACACCUGUUCCACCUCUUUAUAAUCUUACUAAGGUCACCGCCCCAGUAUACAUUUACUACAGCACCAACGACUACCUAUCUCACAACUUGGAUGUUGAAAGAUUAGCCAAAAAGUUACCAAAUGUCAAGAAGAAGUAUCUAGUUCCGUAUAAAUAUUUCAACCACAUGGAUUACAUUUGGGCUAAAGAUGCUAAGAAGUUGCUCUUCGACGAUGUCAUCGAAACUAUGAAAGAUUUCCUCUUGUAAUUCGAUCUGUGAUAACGAACUGAGAACCAUUUUUUUUUUCGAGAUUGAUCCAGAUCUAUUCUCGAUCUUAUCAUUUAAGCUUUGAAGGAUCUCAUUAAUAUUGUAUUUAAUUAGAAUACUUACCUACGUGUAGUUUUUCUCGGCGGAUUUAGCAACGUUAUGAGGAAAAAUUCAACCCGGUAUGGAUUAAAAAGAGUGAGUUUUGUGAGAUUUAUUCGAAUGCUGGGAGUAUUUGAAAGAAAAUGAAUUCGAAGAGAGAAGUUUCAAAGUUGAUGGUAUGCAUGGACCAUGGAGAGAAGCAAAAUGACCAGCUUUAAUGGAUAGAGUAGACGAUGAAAGGUCGGUUUUAGAUAUUUUCCAAAAUAAAACUGUCAGAAGAGCCAAUUCAUAAAUUAUUUCCUACUAACUACUAGUUUCUGGCUUACUACACGAUUUUGAAAGUCAAUAUUUCAAAAUCAAAGAUCAUUAUUUCGAACCUU